AUGUCCGAAAACACAGACAAGACAAACACUUCCAGUGGCACUCCCGUGUCCAGCACCACUGCAGACAACGAACAAAAGCUCUUGCCCCCCAGGAUUCUGGAGAAGGUCAAGAAGUGGGCCAAGAAGGAUACAGAGGAGAACAAUGACAAGGACAAGGAUACUGAGGAGGGAGGUGUCAAGCUGGACCAAGGGUCGGAUACUGAAGAUGGCGGUGUCAAGCUGUAA